AAAGACAGCCCUCCAAAUGUCGGGCCGUUCAUUGGACCAUAAAUCCAUCAUCAUCGUGCAUGUCUUCUCUUUUCUAUCAGAACUCUCUCACUUCGCUCAAAACUCAGAGACAGAGAGACAGAGAGAGAGAGUCAUACAUAUAGUCAGAGGCUAAUAAGACUGUAAUGGCUCGGGCAAAGAGAGCACGAAAAACCAGUGAGAAUGAAGGAAACGUUGUACAGAAUGAAAAUUCAGGGUACGAGCAGUUCAGGGAGCAGAGGAUCAAAGAAAACAUGGAGAGGAUGCAGAAGCUAGGCAUUCUUGACCUCUCUCACAACCUUAAGAAGUCCCACACCAAGCCAAAGCCAAACCCAACUCCAAGAAACCCUUCUGACAAAAAAACCCACGACCCAUUGCCCCUUUCUGGCUCUCCAAGGCGCUCUACUAGGUUGAAGACUUUGACUCCAGUUAGCUAUUCAGAAGACCAUCCGAAAAGGAAGAGGGGCUCCUCAAGGAAUAUUGAGAUUCAUAUACUUGAAGGUUCACAGCCAGAAAUUUAUACUGAAGAACAUGAUAAGCUUCUGGGAGACUGUAAGUCAAGUUGGACACUUUCAGUGGAUGGAUAUGGCAAGGACGGGGAGCGCAUCUAUGAUCCGGUGAAUGGAGAGACAUGCCAUCAAUGCAGACAGAAAACUCUUGGUCUGCGUACCCAUUGCAGCCAAUGCACCUUGGUCCAAGGGCAGUUUUGUGGGGAUUGCUUAUACAUGAGAUAUGGAGAGAAUGUGAUAGAAGCCAAUCAAAAUCCCGAUUGGAUUUGCCCUGUUUGUAGAGGAAUUUGCAACUGCAGUCUUUGCCGUAAGGGAAAAGGGUGGAUGCCCACUGGUAAUCUUUACAGGAAGGUUUUAAAAUCGGGCUUCAAGUCUGUGGCACAUUAUCUCAUUCAGACGCGCCGCUCUCAAUCUGACUUGGUGGACUCAGGUACUGAAACUUUGGCUUCUCCAGAGGUUUCACAGCCUUCUGAACUUCUUGACACGGACAAGAGCCCUGAUGAAGUCUCAAAACCUCAACUUUAUGAUUCUAAAGAUGUCAAGAUGGAAGAGGAUGAAGUGCAGUGUUUUGAUACCAAUCAUGCUGAUAUCAAUCAUGCAUAUAACAAAGGAGAUGAUGACGUGGAUAUUAAUGAUGAGCUGAAUGAAAAGCAAGAGGACAUCAGUGAGGAGUCUCAACAAUUCUAAAUCUUAAAUGGAUUCAAUGUUUACAUGAUGCCUACUUUUUCCACCAAACUACUUCUGAAUCCAUUGCUGGAAGAUCGAGGGAUGACUGAUUCUGCUUGCUGAUAAACUUACCCUUUUUUUGUAAGCAAGGCAACUAAUUUUGUGCAGUCAUACAGAUUAAGAAAAAUAUAAAGUUCUGUUUGUGAAGUAAGUGUUUUGCCAAGGAAACCCUACCUUAAAUGGGUUUUCCUCUGCAUCCUUGGCAGUACCAGACUGCCAGUAAGUUAUAUUUUCCCUUUUUCUUUUUUGGUAGUCAUGUAGCUACGCUGCUAGUUUUUGCUUCCGCAUGCUAGGAGCUGUAAGAUGAUGUCCAUUUGUUCCAAGUUGCAAUUACAUGUUGGGUCUGGAUCCUUGGUACA